UUGUGGGGAAGCCCAUGACCCAGAGCACAAGUGCUGGGUCCUUGCUCUAUCCACGUAGUGAUGUGUAUAGCCUCGUCCUACACCUUUAUCUGCACCCCCUAUAUCUCUUGACUAUUUUAUUUUUCUGAUAGAAGCUCAGCUUCUGAUAGAAGGCCUGUCAGCAGUGCUCCUUUGGCGACAUUGGCGCAGAGAUGAGAACCCCACAAGCAGCAUGAGGUUCCCUUCAUUGGUGGGUCCAAUAUUGCACUUUUGUCUGCCAACUGGUCUCCACACUGUUCCUAGCACCAUAAAGACUUCAACUCUUUCAACUAAGGAAUUUUCUGGCAAUUGUCGAUUGCUAAGCACAUGACUUCAUGAGUGUUCCCCUAACACACACCCAUGUUGUAACCUACCAUACAGACUAUUUCUUGAUGUGAUAUAAAGGACCUGUACAGAAUGAGACAAGAGAACUUUUGACUACAUAUUCAAUCUGGUGUGAAAUCUCAGGAAGGUUUAAUGGCUAACAUUGGUGAAUGAGGACAAUUUGAGUUAGGAUGAGACAUUUUGGGGCAAGAUAUGGAAGGAAACAUUCAUUUAGAUGCAUAGGAAUUACUAAGGUUUUUAUAAUCAAGCCUUGAAGAAAGUUUGGCUUUGGAAGCAGGAGAUGCUCAGUGGCUCUGCCCCAGGAAAGUCUCCUGGAAAGGGCACCUCUGCUUAUGCUCAGUACAGGGACAUUAUUAGCAGGGAGGCAAAGUCUGCUCCCCAGGACAUCAGCUGUCCCUUCUUGGACAUUCUAUUGUCUCCUAGAGAGUUCUGGCAUCCUCUGUGAUGUCACCAGUGUUGUAGUGACAACCACUGCCCUAGUUUCUCUCAGUCUGAGUCUGGCGGUUACAAGCUAAGACAUGUUUUCCCGUCUUCGCAAGCAUUUUCGGAGGGGAAAUGUCAAUUCUGGAGAGACUAAAGUGAAGGAGUCUAGCCUUUCGCCUCAAAGUAAUGAUGGACAAAGACAGCACUUCUGGGGAAUGAUGAACGCUGGGAGAGAAACAUCUUCCCCUGAAACUGCCUUAAGCGAGAAGCAGGCCAAGAAGGAAAAGGAGAGGCUGAUUAAAGAGCUGCAGCUCAUUACCGAGGAGAGAAAUGACCUGAGAGAUCGCCUGAGGUUUCUGACAGAGAGAUCCAUGAAGAACAGGCCACACUUCAGGCCAAAUCCAUAUUAUGGAGACCUGGAGAGAAUGGAGGAGGCGGUCAUGUCAAUUCUGCACAACUUAGAGAUGGAGAACACUGAAAUCCAUGAGAACAGCCAUAAGCUGAAGAAGGAGAUUACCUUCUCUAGGUAAGUCCUGGUCAGAAAGUCUAUCACUUGUGGAAUGGCCAUUUCUGACUUUCUUUGUUCUGGAUUGGACGGUCUUCAGCUCUGGUUCUAUCUCUUGUGCUGUUUACACAUCAGUGUGCCAGGGUCAUUAGGACUCAGUUUUCAGUUCCAUAAAAGACUGUUACUCAUCCCAGGAUUGUCUAGGCAUCUUCAGAAGGCUCUAGAUAGAACAGCACUGAUUGAAGUCAGCAGAAGGUUAUUAGGCUGACCUGGACCUAUGGUGUCAUACCAGGUUUCACAAAACUCAGUGUGUGGACCACAUGGUUAGCAUGAGCUUCUCUUAGUUCUACUGACCUCCUUUGAGGGUGUUGGCCCACUACUAAUUGAUGUUGCCCCCAUGCAUUGGGCUUUCAUGGAUAGUUGUAGAUCCGUGUUCUUUUUGAGAGAUGCGGACACUAAUUGGUGCUCGGGCCAAACAAACAAUUUAUUCUUCCCGGAAUUUACUCUUUGUGGUUUGUGCAGCAGGCUUAUGUGUAUCGAAAUGAAUUCUAUUAAGUCUUCAUGGGUAUCUUGGUCCUGGUGGAGUUAGUGGCACUCGGGAGUGGGAAUGGGAGAAAGGGGCAGCAUGAUCUUACUAUGCAGACUGUAUUUCCAGAAACCUGCUCAGCCAGCUCCUGAUGGAGAACACAUGUAGGAAGAAGUUGGUCCCACUGAAGCAGGAGAGCAAGGAGGUACAUCUUGAUUGUGCACUCAACCAGAAAUAUUUGGUUGACUUCAACAAGAAAGAUAAAGACCAGCAACGUCCAGACCCAGCGUCAUCUGGUCUCAGAAAGUGCAAGAGAGCUGGAAUUGGACACACCCCAGUAAGAGAGCUUCCUGAAGAAUAAGUUGCUUUCUCAGGAGUCCCUGAUGACAAACAUCCUGAAUGAAUACAGCACCUGAGAGACAACUUGUGGGACCUCCUUUCAUUAUGUGUGCACGAGGAGAAACAGCAAUACAUCUGUGCUUCUAAAUGUUCGUUAAGAGUGUGCUAUUUAGAAAUAUUUUUGUUAUGAUUUUAAUUGAAAUUUUCUUUUUGUUGUUUCAUAUUUAUAUGUUCUUGUUACUGUUUUUAUCUUUUGAAAAAUUUUUAAUAUUUUAAUUUAUUUGUUUUAAUCCUG